AUGGAAAAAAUAUAUACUGUCAAUGAUGUAAUUUUGACAAGGAGAGGAUAUCACAUAUCUGGAACAUUAAUAUUAUCAUCAUUCCAUCUUGUAUUUACAUUCAACCCCAACCCAUCAUCAUCAGCAACAAAUUCACAACCUAAAGAAAUAUGGAUAUGUUAUCCUAUAAUAGAUCGAAUAUCAAAAUCAAGAGGAUCAACAUGGUUAAAUAACAGUAAAAGUAAUAGUAAUGUCACUGAUACUUCACCCCCAGUGAUAGAUGGACUUGAUCAUUAUUCAGCAUCAAACAUACGACUUCAGUGUAAAGAUUUUACAUAUUAUUCAUUUGAUUUUAAAUCUGAUUUUAUAUGUACUGAAGUAUUCACAAAAUUGUCAUCCCUAGUAACUAUACUAAAAACUGAAAAUAACAAUUUGAAAACCCUAUAUGCAUUUGAAUAUAAACCAAACAUGUUGGAACAAAAUUUAGAAUUAAAUGGAUGGAAAAUUUACGAUCCAAUUAAAGAAUAUAGCCGAUUAGGAUUAAUAACUGACAAAGAGACAUAUUGGAGAAUUGCAAAUGUCAAUCAAGAUUAUAAAUUUUGUCCAUCUUAUCCUAAAAUACUCAUUAUUCCAAGUUCAAUAUCUGAUAAUGUUUUGAAACAUGCUGGUAAAUUCAGAUCCAAACAACGUAUACCCGCAGUUGUAUAUAAACAUAAUAAUAUUAACGGGAAUGUAAUUGCAAGAUGUUCUCAACCAUUAGUUGGAUUAAAUUUACAAAAUAGAUCAAUACAAGAUGAAAAGUUAAUUGAGGAGAUUUUUAACUCACAAGAAGAAGAAAGAAACCAUAAAAUGAAAUUAGAAGAAGAAGAAGCUGAAGAUGGUCUAGAUUAUCAAUCUCAGCAGACGCAACGUAAUUUAUUAGUUGAUUUAAGACCAAUAACUAAUGCAAUGGCUCAACAUGCCUUGGGAGCAGGUACCGAGAAUGUAGAUAAUUAUAAAGGAAAGACAAAGGAUCAAAAUGAAAAUGGACAUAAGCAUUUCCCACAUAGACAUAAACCAACAUCUUGUCGACAAGUUGAGAAGAUAUUUUGCAAUAUUGAUAAUAUUCACGUAAUGAGAGAUUCACUAAACAAAUUAAAUACUAUCUUAAAUGAUUUAGAUAAAUAUCCAAUCAACAAAACAAAUCCAUCAUCAUCCAUGUUACAGCAACAACUUAGUAAAACACAAUGGUUACAUCGUCUAUCUAUAAUUUUACAAUCUGUGGAUCGUAUAAUAAAAUCAAUUCAUUUAAAUAAUACAAAUGUUAUUAUUCAUUGUUCUGAUGGUUGGGAUAGAACAUCUCAAGUAUCUGCAUUAGCUCAAUUAUGUCUAGAUCCAUAUUAUAGAACAAUAGAAGGGUUUAUUAUCCUAAUUGUGAAAGAAUGGGUUAGUUUUGGAUUCAAGUUUAAUACUAGAGCAGAUCAUGGUGGUUGUAUAGGAGCAAUAAUGAAGAAAGAACCAAAGAAUAUUGUACCUCAAAGUGAAAGAAGUGACGAAAAUCCAUUAGAUAAUUCAAUGUAUGCUGAAAAUAUAGUGAAUGAAGUGAAUAACAGUGGUGCUACUUCUUCAGUAGCUUCAUUUUUACAAAAGGCAGCUAAAGCAGCUAGGGAUAUUAAAAAUAGUGCCCAGAAUGGAUUAAAUUUAGAUGAGCAAAAUAAUGAAUUGGGUAAUAAAUUUAACAAUCCAUUUGGAUCAUCCACUUAUAACGGAUCAUCUGAAAAAUCUCCUAUUUUCCAUCAGUUUUUAGAUUGUGUUUAUCAAAUAAUGAGACAAAAUGGGAGUAAAUUUGAAUUUAAUAGUCGGUUUUUGAAAAGGUUAUUGUAUCAUUAUUAUUCGUGUCAAUAUGGGACUUUUUUAUGUAAUUCAGAAAGAGAAUAUGAAGAAUAUAAAAUGGUGGAUAAUACAAUAUCAAUUUGGGAUUAUUUUAAUCUGAGACCUAAUGAAUUUAAAAAUCAAAAUUUUAAAAAAGAUAAUGAAGAUGUUGAAGGUGUUUUAUUUUUCAAUUUUGCUGAUAUUAAAUGGUGGUUUGAAUUAUAUGGUAGAUCAGAUGAGGAAAUGAAUGGACUUCUGAAUUCUUUGGAUAGGAAAUUUGCUCAAAUGAGUUUUAAAAAAGAAAAAUCAACUGAAUAG